AAAUUAUGGGAGUUUAAGUACGCAUGGAGGAUGAAGAGGUAUGAAGACGUUUACGACAUUAACUUGUUUUAACCAGUCAUAUUCUUUUUUAGUUUGACCACUUUUGAUGUUCUACCUUCAUCAGAGAUGGUUAAAAUCAUUUGUAUACAAACAGUGUUUUUCAACCGUCAUCCCACUCAUCCUUAUUGCUGAACCGAGGAGGCAUUCUUUUCACUCAUAUCUGUUGUUUAUAAACCGUUGGAAACAUUGCUUCUAACAGCUAUCCACAGCUCUUGAACAAGAGAAACCAACUUCUAAAAAAGAGACACUUUCUGUCAAGCCCAGAUCAUGGACUGGAAGACCUUCCAAGCCCUCCUCAGUGGGGUUAACAAGUACUCCACUGCCUUUGGUCGGAUCUGGCUGUCUGUGGUGUUUGUGUUCAGGGUGAUGGUAUACGUAGUAGCGGCGGAGCGUGUGUGGGGUGAUGAGCAGAAAGACUUUGACUGCAACACUAAGCAGCCGGGCUGUGACAAUGUCUGCUAUGACUACUUCUUCCCCAUCUCCCACAUCCGCCUGUGGGCCCUGCAGCUCAUCUUCGUGUCCUGUCCCUCCUUCAUGGUAGUCAUGCAUGUGGCCUACCGGGACGAACGGGAACGGAAGUACCGUGCCAAGUUUGGCGAGGACGCCAAGAUCUACGAAAAUACAGCCAAGAAGCAUGGUGGCCUGUGGUGGACCUACCUGCUCAGCCUCUUCGUCAAGACGGGCAUUGAGGUGGGGUUCCUUUACAUCCUGCAUCACAUCUACGACAGCUUCUACCUUCCCAGGUUGGUCAAGUGUGAGGUGUGGCCCUGCCCCAACCAGGUGGACUGCUAUAUUGGACACCCCACAGAGAAGAAGGUCUUCACCUACUUCAUGGUGGGGGCCUCAGCCCUCUGCAUUGUCCUCAACAUCUGCGAGGUCAUCUACCUGAUCUCUAAGCGUGUUGCCAACUUCACACAGAAGAUGAAGAGGCGUAAGUGCACAAUGGCCGUACACAACCAUGAUUACAGUGAUGCUUCCUGUAAAAACUGCAGUCUUCACUUGUCCAGGGAGAACCAGAAGCUUCCGCUCAAGGGCAGCAUCAGGUCUGCCUAUAAACCUGCAUAUAAACUCACUGAGGACAUGCGUGCCUCAGCUCCUAAUCUAUCCUCUGCUCUGUAAGAAGGACAUUUGGAAGGCCAGCACUGCCACAGAACCAGGCUACAUCCUGGUUGUACGUGUCUUUCAAAGAGACUGUGAAAAACAAGUUUUAGCUGCAAGUUUUCCCUACCAAAAAGUAUUUAUAACUGAUGUUCUUGAAAUAUCUAUAGACCCAAGCCAUAUACUAACACUGGCUAAGACUUUACAAAAGCUAAGUCUACUUUCGACUGCCAUGUGGAUGGAGAAAGAAACAAUCCUGCUAAUAAAUUCUAAAAAUAAAAAUGACAAUUUGAGCAUAUACAUUUCCUCAUUUUUUUAUCGUUCUAUUGGGGCUGUCAGGGUUUAGAGGUUGGAGGUGAGACGUGGGUGGAAACAGACGCUGAUACUGAAUGCUAAGAGUUUUAAGACACACCUGGUUAUGGUAUGCACACACAAUGCCAAUGCUUCCAUGAUGUACAGGGGCAAAUGAAACAAGAAAUACCUAGAACAUUUCUGCGUUUCAGUGACUUCCUUAACACCAACCAGUAGCAACCCCAGCUUGUUUGAGAAUAUGACUUAACAACCAGUUCAAGGUUUACAGACUGUUGUCUUAUGAGAUCAUUACAACAGAAUGAUAACAUUAUUACAUCUAAAACAGUAGACAGUGAAGUCUAUUAGUGAUUUACACAGUCUCUUGGCAUUACCUAAAGUUGGUUGUCGGCACAUUCAAUUGGCACACUAAAUUCCUGGCCGGUUUUAUUGUUUAAAAAUGUUUCCAAUAAUUAAGAGUGCUUUUCUCUCAUACCUAAUGUUUCUUCUGCCUCCGUUUGUGUUGCACAGCUGCACUAUGUACAUGUUCUGUGUUUUGACAUGCUUGUACACAAGCUCCACUCUCCCAAAUCCAAUGUUGAUCUGAAUGAGAUAAAGGAAUGCUGUUUUUUUAAUUAAAGAAGUCUGAAUGCGAGCUGAUACUGGUCUUGGAAAGAUGUUUCAAGCUACAGAAGUGACAAUAGGAACAAAGGACAACCAGUUAUGCUGUUCUGAACUACUUUGCAUGGUCAGCAGCUAAAUGAUCAAACCUGGGAAUGUUUAUGUUUUACAUUGUUGUAAUAAAUCAUACUCUUGUAUAA